CACAGCCACACAGACUACAUCAACUGUCCUCGUGAACACCUUCUUGGUUCAUCUUUUAUUAUCAAUAUGAGCAAACAAGAGAUGGGAAGGUUUAAUAUUUCUCCGGAUGAGGACAGUGCUAGUUCCAACAGCAACGAUGACUUCAAUUACCCGGAAUAUCCAGCAAAGAAUCUAUCUAUUAAAGGGCAUUAUGAUAUGGAUCCAGAGAACCAAAAUUUCCUACUGGAGCCUACUUUGACAAAGAAGAAAUGUGAGACUGAAUACCUUCCAGGGACCACAUCUUUUGGCAUGUCAGUAUUUAACCUCAGUAACGCCAUUGUGGGAAGUGGAAUUCUAGGUCUAUCCUAUGCCAUGGCUAACACUGGGAUUGCACUAUUUAUGAUCCUGUUGACAUUUGUGUCAAUAUUCUCUCUCUAUUCCAUUCACCUACUGUUAAAGACAGCAAAUGAAGGAGGUUCCUUAUUAUAUGAGCAGUUGGGAUAUAAAGCAUUUGGCCUAUUUGGAAAAAUUGCAGCUUCUGGAUCUAUAACCAUGCAAAAUAUUGGAGCAAUGUCAAGCUACCUCUAUAUAGUGAAGUAUGAACUGCCUCUUGUAAUCAAGGAGCUAGCCGGUGCUGAUCCCAAUGCUAAUGACUGGUACCUAAAUGGAGAUUAUUUGGUUAUAAUAGUUUCUGUGAUCUUCAUACUUCCGUUGUCACUACUGAGAAACCUGGGAUAUUUGGGCUACACGAGUGGCUUUUCACUGCUGUGUAUGGUGUUCUUCCUCAUUGUUGUGAUCUACAAGAAAUUUCAGCUCACGUGUCCUCUUUUGCUGGAAAAUGAUGCUAUCAACAUGACUUUAAACCACACGUUGACUCACUUAACCACACAUGCUCCGAUACACAGUGUUGAGCUGAACGAGACCAUUGAUGGUGAAAUGUGCACACCAAAAUACUUUGUCUACAACUCCCAGACGGUGUAUGCGGUACCCAUCUUAACUUUCUCCUUUGUCUGUCACCCAGCUGUCCUUCCCAUUUACCAGGAACUUAAAGGCCGCAGCCGCAAAAGGAUGAUGAAUGUUUCAAACGUGUCCUUUUCCGCUAUGUUUGUCAUGUAUCUUCUGGCUGCUCUCUUCGGAUAUUUGACUUUCUAUGGACGGGUCGAGCCGGAAUUACUCCACACUUACUCCAAGGUUCCAGGAGCCGGAAUAAUAUUUGUCGUUGUGCGCUUGGCUGUUCUCAUGGCUGUCACACUAACUGUUCCUAUUGUUAUUUUCCCAAUCCGCAGCUCCAUCACUCAGCUGUUGUGCUCUGGGAAGGACUUUGCAUGGUGGCGCCACAUUCUGAUCACACUUCUUAUUUUGGCAUUCACCAAUUUCCUGGUCAUUUUUGUCCCAACCAUCAGGGAUAUCUUUGGAUUUAUUGGUGCCUCUGCUGCUGCUAUGCUGGUCUUUAUCCUGCCAUCAGCUUUUUACCUCAAGCUAGUGACAAAGGAACCCAUGAGAUCAGUGCAGAAGAUUGGGGCUACACUAUUCCUCAUUAGCGGCUUUGUGGUUAUGACUGGAAGUAUGACCUUGAUUAUUAUUGACUGGAUCCACAGUGCUUCUCCUGACAAACACUAGACAAAUUGGUGAGCAACAUGGCACUUUUCUUGAAGUGGAACUGUUCACUCCCAACCUUUCUACUGAGAAUGAAAUGUAACCAUUGCUUGCAGUUUAACUUCCUUCAAGACAUCCAUUCUUGUAGAACAAAGAGACUCUUGAGAGAUUAGUUCUACAUCUCAACAAGGACAAUGCCUUCUUUAUUCCAAAGGUUCUUGCAGAAGGAAGUAAUUUUAUUCCAUUCUGGAGAAUGGACACACAAUCUAAACUUUAUUGAAGCCACAUGGUUGGUUGUUGUCAAUUAUUGUUACUCAUACUUGUAUGUUAUUACUUGAAUGUGCCUACAGGAACCAUUUGAAGUGAGUAAAUGUUACACAGCAAAAGUGUUCAUCUGGUGGAGGGUUCAGAUCCCUCCCCUCUUUUUGUACCAAAAAUUGCUCACCAAAUUGGACACAUUUCUGAGGGGAGUUACACAGAAACUGUGCUUAAAGAACCCUUUACUGGUUUGCUUCAGUAUAUUUAAACAUAGUCAGUAUUUUAGUAAAUAUUCACUUGAGCAUGGGAUAUGGAGAGAAACAUUUGUAAAAGCAGACUGAACAAUGUUUUCUGUGUCACCAGCUUACUGCUGGAAAGUGUAGUUUAUCUUCAUACUGAAAUGGCCUUUCUGAACAUGAAAAAAAAAAUUGAAAGUCGAAAUACUCCUUUUAGCAUGGGUGCAACGACUUUGUCAAAUUAUUCUUACCUGGUUAUUUAAGCAACACAGGAUGUU